AUGCCGGUGGCAAAUAUUUGCGAUGAUUGCUGGGUUAAGAAGCUAGAAUUAAUGCAGCAGUCGCCGUAUUCGGCUUACAGCGCCCCCUACGAGACCAUGCUUAAUUAUUCGAUUUCGGUUGCAGUUUGCAACCUACAGGGCGUAGAAACACAGCCGACUUCGGGGGGAAUUCAGAUCCCUGUGGCAAAUGUUUCUUGCUCUACAGGCAAUUGGUACACAGUCCAGCCAGAAGACACAUGUGAUUCUAUCGCCCUUGCCCAAUCUAUCUCUUCUUCAACUUUAUAUCAAAUCAAUCCCACCCUGUAUAAUUGCAGUGAUCCGACAUUAGGGCUAAGAUUGUGCCUGCCCCUAGCAUGUGAAAAUGUCUACGAGAUCGCCGCGGGGGAUAAUUGUUCUUCGAUCACUGCUGCGACCGGAACUUCGUGGUUGAAACUUGUCUCUUACAACGGUAUGGUCGACAGCGGAUGCUCGAACAUAGGCGAUACCGCUCUUCUAGGUGGAGUCAGAUGCGUUUCUGCUCCUGGAGGAACCUUCAAUCUCACGGUUUCCGCCAACUCUAGCUCGACGUCAGGUGCCGACGGGCAAGGCGGAUCGGGGUCAGGUUAUGGGACCAACUUUGUUGCUUUACCCAGCGAUAUCACUCUUGCUGAUGGCACAACCACUGACUGCGGAGAUUAUUAUACGAUUGUGUCCGGCGAUACGUGUGUCUCACUCUUAGCAGAAGCCAACACACCAUUUAACCUUUUCAUGGCCGCUGACCCUUCAAUCACGUCCGCGCUGGCCUGUGAUGAUGAACUGACUGUGGGCUUGACCUACUGUAUUCACCCUAUACGCGGUUUCAAUGCGACGAACAUCAGUGGUAAUCUGACCGUCUCCACUAAUGGGCUAUGUGGAAACGGUACAACCUGUCUAGGGUCCUCUUUCGGGGACUGCUGCUCGCUAUCGGGAUAUUGUGGCAGUACUUCUGACUACUGCGCCGCGGAACUCUGCGACUCUACAUCUGGUAAUUGUGUCUCGGGCAAUCCGAUCUCUCUAGACGGGCUCUGUGCCUCCCUUUCAUCAACCAAUGCAACAUGUACCGGAAGCCAAUUUGGAUCUUGUUGCUCCACUGGUGGAUAUUGCGGUAACACCUCUGACUAUUGUGGCUACGAGACGUGCCAGAGCGCGUUUGGAAGCUGCGUUGAGGCUCCUCCAGUCAGCUCAGAUGGUUUGUGCGGUGCCCUAUCAUCUUCUAAUGCCACCUGUACUGGUAGUACAUUCGGCGACCGUUGUUCGAUCAACGGAUACUGCGGCAGCACCUCCGCCUACUGUGCCUAUAACAGUUGUCUGUCUGCAUUCGGGACCUGUGAUGCUGGCCCCACAGUUAGCGCAGAUGGCUUAUGCGGAGCGCCUUCUUCCUCUAACGCUACCUGCGCGGGUAGCACCUCCGGUGACUGCUGUUCCAUUAAUGGGUACUGUGGAAGCACAGAGGAAUACUGCGGUAUUGGCUCUUGCGACUCGUCUUAUGGCAAUUGUGACACAGUGACGGUCAGCCUGGACUGA